GUUUUUUUUUUUUUCCUUCUUCUGAUCAACUGCAGAAAAUGGCAACCAUCGAGCCGCACGACGAAAUCAUCAAUGGCGAGGAAGCCAAAGUCCUCAAAUGGAUUGAAUCGUACUCGAAUGGCAAUGUCGACAUUCUAGACGUGCAUAACUUUACGCUGCUGCACUGGGCAGUGCGCAAGCAUCGAGUCGCCACUGUGGCCGCGCUGAUUGCCAAGAAGGCGAACGUGAAUGCGGUCAACGAGAUUGGCGACACUCCGCUUCACUACGCCAUUGCCGAAGGCCACCUCGAUGUGGUUCAGAUGCUGCUGGCGUGCCAGCCAAAUGUCAACGUGCCCAACAAGCAUGGAAACACACCGUUGCAUUAUGCGACAUUUUGGCGCUUCAACGACCUUGCGGUGUUGCUCGUGGAGCGCGGAGCUCUUGUCGCACAGAGCAACAAGUACGGCGAGACGCCACUCACACGAGCUGGAAAGCAGCUGGGAGACGCGAUGAAAUCGCUCGCCAUGUCCGCGGGGCAAACCCUCGACCCGAUUCCAUUCAAGGUCACCAAGGUGGUCGUAUCGACGAGCAAGCAGGUCUUGUCGGCACUCGGUCCCGCCAAGUUCGAGUUUGACUGGCGCCUGUUGGAGCAGCCCAGCUCGCUCGGCCAAGGCCAUCUCGGCGAGGUUGCUCGUGUCAGGUGGAACACCAAGCACGAGCUUGUCCUCAAAACCUUCCACGAUCAGAACGUCACCAAGCUGCAACUUAACGAUUUCUUUGCCGAGGCUCAGGUAUUGCGCGGACUCAACCACGAGAAUCUUUUGCCGCUGCUCGGUUACGUGGCCUUUGCGCCCCAUCUCGGCCUUGUCUCCGAGUUCCUGCCCGAUGGAUCGCUCUACAAGCAGGUGCACGAUACUUCCAAGUCUAUUGAUACGCAGACCCAGGUUCAGUGGGCCCUGGGCAUUGCGAAUGCCCUGAACUACCUGCACGGCCUAACUCCUCCCGGCAUGCCCUACUUUGACCUGACCAGUCAUUCUAUUUUUAUUGACAAGGAGAACGUUGCUCGUGUGAACGUCGCAGACUCUGAAUUCCGCCGCACGUUCGAAAAGCGGUUGCAACUUUUCAAGCCGCAUUGGAUUGCGCCAGAAGUUCUCAAGGCUGAAAGCACAGAUCGCAAAAAGGCUGACAUGUACAGCUUCGCCAUUGUCAUGUACGAAAUUUUUGCCCGACGCCUCGUCUACGACAACAUGAAUGCCAUGCAAAUCGGCAUGAAGGUUGCUCUGGAGCAGCUUCGCCCGGUCAUUCCAGAGUCGGUGCCACGACAUUUCCAGCAGCUGAUUUCCAUCUGCUGGCAAGAAAGUCCGGAAAAGCGUCCAGCGUUUGACCAGGUCAUUCCCAUUUUGCAGCGGUGUUUGUGAGGGGAUUGUCUAGGCCGUGCGUGUUGUGUUGACGAAGGUCGUCGGUGAUGUAGUGGGACUCUGCUCCUGCUACAUUCUUGCUUUUUUUUUUUUCGGUUGUCUGCUUGGUACUGAACAGUGCAUUAAUGGAUUAAUUACGUGGCUAGCCACUAUCAUGCAAAACAACAACAACC